AUGGAACCAGCGGAGCUCCCAACAUGGAACCUAUUCGUGGAUGCAUCGUCAGAACAGAUUGGCUCUGGAGCAGGAGUUGUUUUGGAAAGCCUAGAGGGCCAUAAGCUAAAUUGUGCAAUCAGGUUGGGCUUCAAAGCCUCGAACAAUGCUGCCGAGUAUGAGGUCAAUGGAAAGUUUGCAGCUAAGGACAGUAGCAUGGCCGCUUAUUUGAAAUUAGUGCUGAACCUUGUCUCCCACUUUGAAAGGUUUGAACUGAUUCACGUCCCACACCUCAAGAACACACAUGCAGAUGCCUUGUCCAAGCUGGCCAGUAGCAAGGACUCCGAGCUACUAAAAAUUGGUCCAAUUGAACGCUUACCAAAGCCUUCCAUCUCUGGAGGUGAAGAGGUAUGUUGGAUCGAAGGUACCCCACUUUGGAUGCAACCCAUCAUAGUCUAUCUUAGAGAUCAAUUAGUGCCAGCCUCCAAGAACAAGGCGAAGAAGUUGAGAAGAAAGGCUAUUCACUUCAUUUUCCAGGAUGACGUGCUUUACAAAAGAGGCUUCGCCUCACCGUUUCUCCGAUGUAUGCGAGGGGAAGAAACCAUAUACAUACUAAGGGAGAUCCAUGAGGAAGUCUGUGGUACCCACUCCAGAGGAACGGCUCUGGCACACAAGCCCCUGGUCGUUCACAAGUGGGGCAUUGACCUCAUCGGGCCCCUCCCAAAAAGAAGAGGAAGUGCUACCUUUGAUGUUGUUGCCAUUGACUACUUUACCAAGUGUGAUAUGACCCAGGAGUCGAGCCUGACAAAGGCAAGUACGAAACGAGACCCGUUGAUAGUAGAUGGCGGACCAAUGAUGCGAUCGAAGAUGAAACGAGUCAACGAGGCGAUGGACCUGAUACAGAGGUUUGAACUGGUACUUGGUGGUGUUAAGGAGAAGGUGGAUAGGCAAGGGGAAUGGAUGGCGCAAAUAGGUACCAUAAUCACUAAUCUUAGCCGGGAACAAGUGGAGAUGUCUAAUGUUAGGGGGUCGUGUAGGCGUUUCAUAGUCAACGUUGCUACGAGGUUCGCAUCAAAGUGGGUCGGGGCUAAACCUCUAGCCAAAUUCACCGAGGUGAAUACUACUAAAUUCGUCUGGAAGCACAUCAUUUGCAAGGUCGACAUUCCCUACUCCCUGGUGUCCGACAACAGAAGACAGUUCAAUAAUAGGAAGAUGCAAGAUUUGUACGAUGAACUAGGCAUAAGGAAGGACUUUUCAACACCUCAUCACCCCCAAGCGAAUGGGCGAGUUAAGGCAGUAAACAAGAUGAUCAAGUACACCCUGAAAAGGAAACUUGAUGCCUCGAAAAGAGCAUGGGUCGAUGAGCUUCCCUAUGUCCUCUGGGCUAUAUGCAGAACUAGCCAAACCGCAACAGAAAAAACUCCUUUCUCCAUGACCUACAGAUCCAAAGCCAUGAGUCUGGUCGAGGUUGGAGUCCCAUCGUAUCGUCGCAUACACUUUAAUAAGGUCAGCAAUGACGAGGCUCGAGUGUGUGAACUCCACCUCCUAGAAGAGAAAAGGGAUAUAUCUCAAGUCAAACUUGCUAUAUAUCAAAGGAAAAUUACCCCCUAUUAUAACUCAAAGGUCAAGAACCGAACUCUACGUUUGGGCGACCUAGCACUCCGAAGGGUGUUCCCAUCAUCGAAGCAAACAAGCUCCAGAGUGCUUGGAUCGAACUGGGAAGGCCCAUAUCGCAUCGUCAAAAAGUCCCGACCCAAAACUUAUGAAAUUGAAGAUAUAUAG